CCGGAUCGUCCCUCUCACCGAUAAAACUCGGGGUGCUUGUUUGCCUGACACCCCCCCCCGGCUCCCCGCAGGUCGUUGUAAGCACAGCCCCGGAUCUUCUGCUGUGCGGGUUUGUUGUGAAACACUUGCAGUGUCAAUGAGGAAUUAGCAGUAAACCACAGACCACAGGAGUUCUUUGUUAUCUGGGGGAAGAUGCAGAGCUCCAGGUCGUGCCUCUGAAGCAGCUGACCUGUGGCUUUCCUGGGCAUGGAGGUGCAGUAUGUCCUUCUCCUAACAAGACUUGUAGCAGAAGUUGCCAGCAAAUCUACUGAAGGUUCGGUUUCAGAAUCAGAAUGCUGUGUGGACAUGUUGGAUUCAAACAAUUCCUGUCCAGUAACCAACCAGUGCAGUCCAGGUUGUUACAGACGGUGGAAUGAGGAUGGCAGUAGCAGCUGCAUUAGAUGCAAAAAUGAAACUCUUCCUGUUUCAUCUGUUUACAAUCUGACUGAAUGCAGGAACGCUGGGAACAGAGGAAUGAAUUUCCAAAUGAAUAUAAGCACUGUACCUCCUUUCAUACAGAACAUAGGGGGCCCAGAAGUGGCAGCCUCUCUCAUCCUGGGGACAUUUUUCAUCAGCUUAUUCCUGAUUCUGUCAGUUGCUUCUUUCUUCUACCUCAAACGUGCCAAUAAACUCCCUAAUGUUUUCUACAGAAGAAACAAAGCAUCUGUCCUCCAGCCUAGUGAAACAGCAUCCAUGAUACCUCCCCCAGCCUCUUCAGUUCGGAAGCCACGAUACGUCAGACGGGAACGGUCUCUAACGACGUCUGCCUCUGCUGCUAUGAUCUCUUCUUCCGAAACCAGGGUCAGCAAUGUUUAACCUUCCUUCUUGACUGAGGACUUGAGCAGUGGACACAGUGUUGAAGAAACUCUUUCUGACCUCACUGAAGUGCCAGGAAAACGCUGCAAGCAGCUGACCUCAAUGGAAGCCAAAUGACUGUGUCAAAGGGUUUGUGCCAAACGUUAAGAGAGGAAUGAACUCGUGCAGAGAUGUCCCUGACAGGCUCCAUCCAGUUUGGUGAACUGCUUUGGUGAUCUUGAAAUGCACUAUUCCAGCUCUGUGGUUUCCUUAGUCUCCUACAGAUGCUGUGUUGAAAAUCUUGAAAGAAUCUGCCUUUCUUUGGUACACUUUCAGUUUUGGCAAGUUCUUCUUCCUGUGUUGUGUGGUGGUCUGUGUCCCCAGAGCUGGCUGUCUCAGUGCUGCAGGACAACACAAGAUGCUGGGAUUGCUCCAGGCUGUGGACUUGCUUGAAGGACCCACUUGUAAAUGCUAACACUAAGUGCCACUGCUUUAUGCUGUAGGACAGUGUAAUGAUCCUUAACAUGCAAGUAUCCUUCUGAAGCAAAAAAUGAUGCCUCCUGGAGCAUCCUCUUCAGCCUAUGACAGAGCUGACCCUGUUUUUUAACUGUGAAUAUAGACCCACUAUCCAGAUAUUGUCACUCUUGGUGCUUUUGAAGGCUGUGGUCAUUAUGGGUCCAAUCCCAAGUGUAAGAAUGUGUUGGGAAGCUUUUCCAAUGGCUUCAGCUCAGUCCUUGGACCAAGAGGCAUUAGCUUUGUACCUGAUAGGCUGCUGUGUCUGUCCUGCAAAGACUGUCUCCACUGGCUUCCUUCCCUUAACACAGCAGUUGAAGGGAAUCCAGAAUUCCUGCAGGGUAGAUGGGUCAGUGAGUAGAGGGAUGAACUGGAGAGGUCAAUUUCUGCCAAUGCAAUAAGGAGUCUCUUUGCUCAAGCUCCUCAUUAACCUGCCUGACAUCUGCAGGCCAGCACCUUAUGACAGAGCUCAACACCUUUUCUCCUCGUGGGAAGUGUCAGCCUGAAGAGCCCCCACUCUCAGAUGCUUGUUCUUGCCUGUCUGAUUCCAGCUGUGUGGCUGAGUAGUCACUUGAUCAGGAAAUCAAAGUAGCUAUAAAAUAACUUUAUCUUUUUUUUGCUAGGUUAUCCUGCACCAGUUUUUCCCUGUUGCCAUGUGAACACAUCUCAGCAGAACAGGCCCAGUGCUCUGGGCAUAAGAGUGGGUGACUGGGAAAGAAGUGAAAAACCCGAGGUUGCUAAAGUGGUUGAAGCAUCAGUGUCACCAUAUGUGAACUUCUAACUAUGCAGCUUGUGCAUUCCCACCUACCUGUGUUGCUGUUGCCUGCUUUGGUUUAGCUGGCACUUCAUUGUGGGUCUGUGCUCCUAAAAUAAAUUCCUUGGGAGUUCUUCAUCAGCAUCCACUGGCAGGAACAGAAGCUGGAACAGUUGGUUCUCUUUUUCAGGAAAAUGUGCACAGAAAUGUCUUGAGCUGACAUGACACCCAGAUGGAGAGUCCAAAACUUGUGAUCCAGAUUCCUGUGUCUCUCUGGUUAAAAGAUGGAAACUGGGAUGGAAGGGAUUGACCUUAUUGAGAUCUUUUAUCUGCUUAUGAGAUAAUGAGAUCACUUGUAGCAUCCAAACAGGCUGGGGCAAAGACUAGGGAUAAAGAACAAAUUAUGAAGGGGCCUCCAGGUCCCCAGAAAAAGCCUAAAUUGCUGUAGGGAGAAACUUAAGGUUGUUUUUUUAUCACAAAGAUAAAUAAAACCUCUCUUCUACUGGACAAAGCUAAAAAGAGCAGAAAAUGCCACUUGGAAACCAACCCUUGAGGAAAUGUGCUUCAUAAUUCCCAUGUUCCAAGUUCAGGAGGUGGCAGGUUUGUUUCUGUCAUUUUGGUGUCUUUUUGUGCUGCUGUAGUUUUCCACAGGUAGAAAUGAUGUCUGGAAGUCAUAGGGUUUGGUGGUGUCUUUUUUUCCUCAACUUGGUUGCUGAAUAUUUUCCUGACUGCUAAGGAAAAGGAGUAACUAUGCAAAUAAUGCCAAGAAACUGCACCUCUGGAAGCAGGGGGUCUCUGCUUUGUGAAUCUGUCGAGGAUAAGUGCAUUCUUAUAUUGCUUAGUUGCUGAUUUAUUCUUUCCACACAUCAAUUAUGAAGGAUAAUUCAUCUCACUCUUCUGUCUGAACCCUGCCUUAUCCUCAAGUGCAUAUUGUAACUCAACAUCCAGCAUCUAAUGCUCUAACUUCUGUGCAGUCAAGUUUUUCUCAGUGGUAACAUCUCUUUCCCUUCCCAUGCUCUUCCUGCCCUCCUCACCCCAAGCAAACUCCUAAAUCCAGUAGGUAUAUUUGCUGGUUUUUUUGAGUUUCAGGAACUGUUUGGUUUUUGUUAUUGCUGUCUUGACACAGUGCACUCCUGGUCUAAACAGUUUCUCAAUCAUUUGCACUGUCAAAUAUAUAAUGUGGUUUUGGUUUCUAUCUCACUCCAAAAUAAUGCAGACAUGAAUAUAUUUUUUUAAAUUGGCUUGAAUUAACCCUGAUAUUUAAUGUAUUUGUACAUUUUUAAAUGGUGCCAAAAUAAAUGUA